UUCCAAACAACUUGGGUUCUUAAUUAUGUUUUUAAUUACUAUUCUGCUGCAGCAUCCAUCACAGAGCAAAACAAGAAAGAGUUCAGUGCACAACCAACAGUGAGCUCAAGGUGGAACCCCACACCUGAGCAGUUAAGAGCCUUAGAGGACUUGUAUCGACGUGGGACUCGCACACCCACAGCUGAGCAGAUACAGCACAUCACUGCACACCUUCGUCGGUUUGGUAAGAUUGAAGGCAAGAAUGUAUUCUACUGGUUUCAGAACCAUAAAGCUAGAGAACGACAGAAACGCCGUCGUUGCUUGGAAGCUGCCGCCGCUGCCACUGCUGCUGAUCAGGAGCAACAGCACGAAAAGAAUGAUUCAGGGUCAAGUAGGAAAGGUUGUGAAGUAGAACAGAACAGGAACUGGGUUCCCCCUACAAACUGCAGUAAACUUGCAGAGGAAUCUGUUUCAAUGCAAAGAGCAGCCGUGGCAGAAAGUAGAGCAGAAGGAUGGGUUCAGUUCGAGGGGAGAGAAUUACCGCAGAGACCAAGCUCUGCAGAAAGCCAUGCCACAUGGCAGAUGAUACAUUUUUCUUGUUCUCCUCCUACCCACCUCACAAAAACCAUAACCAAAGUAAAUCCACAGCUCAUAAGCAAAGAUAGCCCCAUGAAGAACACAGAGGAAUGUGGAGAUUCUAAUAUACUUCAGCUCUUCCCACUACGCGAUGAGGCUACCUAUAAUUGUGGUGAUGGUGCAAAGAAGGAGACCAAGCUGAGUACUCAAUCCAUGAAUAGUGACUUCACUCCAUACCAGUUUUUUGAGUUCCUUCCCAUGAAAAACUGAAGAAAGAGAAUAACUUAGUACCUUACCCAUUUGGUGCUAUGAUUGGGUUUUGGGCCACUUUGUCAUAAUCCAUGUGUGAAUUAAGAUGAUGUUCAUGAUUAGAUUUUGUUUUUAUUGGAAACUUUUAUUGUUCUUGUUGGAUACUUCA